AUCACUGAUAUUUGUUCUUAACUCCAAAAUUCUGUUAUGCUAUUUGCAGUUUUCACUAUUUUUAAUCUUGAGUCUUCCCAGCGUUAAAAAUGGAAUCUGCAAUAAUACUUUUUUCUCUCACAGCAUUACUAGCACGUUUUGUAGAAACGUAAUUUUCUCCUGUUCUAAACCUGUAACUUUAGAUGCAUAACUGGUUGCUACGCAACUGGGAUUGAUACAAACCGCUGAUAUGAGUUUUUAAGAAUCGUGAAUAGGAAGUCUAUUUUCUUUUUCCAGUUAUGAACGGCAAUAGCUUACUUAUUUGAUUGGAAAUAUUGUUCAUUAAGAAUGAACAUUAUGUCAAUAAAUGAUUAGUUGCAGCUGGUUUAUAAUGGAUGUAACUGAAAAUGAAGCUGAAGAUAUUUAUCAAAGACUGAUUCAUAAGAAAAGUGUUUUGGGAGUUAUUGUCUUGAAUGAAAAUGGUCUGCGUACCUCUAUGGAUAACGCAACGACCACAGAUUUGAUGAAUGCUCUUGUUCCUUUGAAUAAUUUGGCGAGAAAGACUGUAAAAGACCUGGACCCAGAUAAUGAGCUCCUUUUCUGUCGAAUUCGGACCAAUAAGAAUGAGAUAAUGAUCGGCAUAGAUGGGGGAAAUAUGUAUAUUGUACUACAAGACGCUCGUUUUAUCCGGACACCUCACGUACUAAGAUGAAUCAAUUUCGAAAACAAAUUACAGCUCACUCUCAGUAACAGUAAGCAACUCUCGAAUUACUCUGAAGAUUCUUACCUUUUGGUCUGAAAACGGCGAAAACAUGUACAAGAAAUAAAGGCUAACUGAAGCAUUUUCAGUAAUAAAGUAUUAGUUAUUCUCGUCUUC